AAGACCCUGCGUGUUAGAGUUCCGAGGGGAAGGAUUAUGGUGUUGCACGCGCGUGCGCACGAAUGAAGCGCUAGCUACAUGUUUGCUACGACUCGUUUAUUAAUGUGUGCGUUUAUAUGAGCUAUAAUAAAAUUAGUCAUUGUUCUUCUUUGUGGAAAAUAAAUUCCGCACACGAACUCGUGAGCGAUUUAUUUAGUUUGUUAGUUUUACUUUAUUUUAGUUUAGUUUAAUUCUGUAAAAACAACAACAACAAACAAACAAACAAACAAACAAAAACCCCAUUAAAUAUAAACGAUGGACGAGGAACCGGAGAGAGCAAAGCGCUGGGAAGGAGGUUAUGAACGAACAUGGGAGGUGCUGAAGGAGGACGAGUCCGGGUCCCUGAAAGCCACCGUAGAGGAAAUUCUCUUCGAGGCCAAACGGAAGAGAGUGUUCGAGAGUCAUGGGCAGGUUCGGCUGGGAAUGAUGCGUCACCUGUACGUGGUGAUCGACUCGUCUCGGACGAUGGAGGACCAGGACCUGAAGCCCAACAGACUCACGUCCACGCUGAAGCUCAUGGAAUACUUUGUCGACGAGUACUUUGACCAGAACCCCAUCAGUCAGAUCGGAAUCAUCACCACCAAGAACAAACGAGCCGAGAUUCUCACUGACCUGGCAGGAAACCCUAAGAAGCACAUAGUGGCGCUGAAGAAAGCCGUGGACUCGGGGUGUGUGGGCGAGCCGUCUCUGUACAACGCCCUCAGCAUCGCCAUGCAGACGCUCAAACACAUGCCAGGACACACCAGCCGAGAGAUUCUGGUCAUCUUCAGCAGUCUGACCACCUGCGAUCCAGCCAACAUCUACGAACUCAUCCAGACGCUGAAAUCGCUUAAAAUCCGAGUGUCUGUGAUCGGACUGUCUGCUGAGGUUCGGGUGUGUACCGUUCUCACCAGAGAAACAGGAGGAAGCUACAAUGUGAUCCUGGACGAGAGCCACUUCAAGGACCUGCUGACGUUCCACGUGAAGCCUCCUCCUGCCAGCUCCUCCUCCGAGUGCUCGCUCAUCCGCAUGGGCUUCCCUCAGCAUGUCAUCGCUUCUGCAUCUGAUCAGGACUCCAAGCCUUCCUUCAGCAUGUCGCACUUGGAGAGCUCAGACGCAGGACCAGAACUCAGUCUCGGUGGUUAUUUUUGUCCUCAGUGCAGAGCCAAAUACACCGAGCUGCCCGUCGAGUGUAAAGUGUGUGGUCUGACGCUGGUCUCCGCCCCUCACCUGGCUCGCUCCUUCCACCACCUCUUUCCCCUGGAAGCGUUUCAGGAGCGUCCGCUGGAGGAGCGCACAGGCGACGGGUUCUGUCAAGCCUGCCAAGCAGAGCUGAAGGACAAAAGUGUGUUCACGUGUCCGGUGUGCGCAAGUGUGUUCUGCGUGGAGUGUGACGUGUUCAUUCACGACACACUGCACUGUUGCCCGUGCUGUAUACAGAGGCAGAGCGCGUCCUGAGGCCCGAGUUUAAAUAACACACGCGCGAGCACGCACAGGGAGAACGCACACGUUCCUCGGGUACGCUGUAGAACCUUCUUCUGCUUCUCCUGGAUCCUUUUCCAGAGUCAGCGUCCAAGUUCUAGCUUUCAACGUUGAAGAUAACUCACGACUUUUUUGUACCUGAUUUCUAUAUGCACCUCAAAACAGGGCCGGGAGACUCCACUGGAUCCACCCAUAACAUCACACACACACACACACUCACACAGCUAGAUACACCUGCCUCGUAACAUCACACACUCCUACAGAUCUGGAUUAGCUGGAUUAGGUGUGUCUCCAAGAACCACCCAGCCACCUGUGAGUGGUCGGGACAUAGUUUCUCUCUCCUGUCAAUCACAGUGACGCUGGCCAAUCGUGGGUGUCUGUGAGCUGUGUACGUGGAAGAGGCCAGAAACAAAAACCAGUGUGAGCAAUGGGCCGCCAAUCACCAUCAGUCCUGAAACAAAGCCGUGUGUGUGUGUACACUAUCAUAUAGCCAACAGCUUUCGUCUCGAUCCCAGCUGUAAGGAGUCGAGUCAUGAUGUUUUAUAAAACUAGACCUCUUCACAGGUCCAAAGGACUCCUCUGAGGAAACCUUUUUUUGUUGUACGGGAAACUGAACUGUCACUCCUGUGUAACGUUAACACUGCAGAUGUGAUUAAAUGGAUAUUUUUUUGUCUA